AUGGAGCGCUUGAGAAAGAUGUGGCAGCAAGAGCAGGACUAUGAGCCCAUCGAAGGAGCUUCGGCCGACGAGGAACGACGGAGACAGGAGCUGCGGGAGUCGACGUCUUUCUCAUGGACAGAAUACUCCAUCUUCCUGCUGCUGGGAGUGGCCAUGCUGUGGGCGUGGAACAUGCUUCUGGCGGCAGGUCCCUACUUCCAAAGCCGCUUCGCGUCGAGCGACCGCCUUCUGGACAAUUUCCAGGCCUCUGAAUUGGCUGUGUCCAGCAUCACGAACCUGGGCAGUAUGCUCGUCCUUACGAAUAUGCAGGCUCGCGCUUCGUAUCCUCGCCGUAUCGUCGUAUCCCUCUUGAUCAAUCUGCUCGCUUUCGCAUUGCUCGCUCUCUCGACGUGGUUUGCUCUCGGCGUCAGCGCCAACGCCUACUUCGCCUUCCUCAUCGUCAUCGUCUUCGUCACCAGUUUGGCAGCUGGCCUGUGCCAGAACGGUGUCUUUGCUUUCGUCUCCGGGUUUGCCCAGCCGGCAUAUACACAGGCCAUCAUGGUUGGACAAGGUGUCGCUGGUGUGCUUCCUUGCAUUGCUCAGAUCGUCUCGGUCCUCUCCGUCACAAACCUGCAGCCAGGUGAGCCAUCCGAUGACGGGCCAAGAGGUUCUGCACCGGCGGUUCCAGGAACCGCCGCUUUCGCCUACUUCAUUACUGCCACCGUCAUAUGUGCUUCUACGCUUGCCGCAUUCUUGUACCUUGUUCGACAAAACAAUGCCAAGAGCGCUGCAACUUAUCAAGAUAUGGCCUCCAGUGUUGGCAGCCUGGAACAGCCCGAGAGAAACACAGUGCCACUCACCGUGCUCUUGCGCAAGCUGCGCUGGCUCGCAGCUGCAGUCUUUUUGACAUUUACUGUCACCAUGAUGUUCCCAAUUUAUACCCAACGCAUAUUGAGUGUCAACGCAACUCACUCGUCGUCUCGCCUUUUCCAAGCCCCUUCUUUCAUACCAUUGGCUUUCCUUUUCUGGAAUGCCGGUGAUCUACUAGGUCGCUUGCUGCCCGCCGUGCCUCGCCUCUCCCUGAUCCACCGACCAAAGCUUAUCUUCAUACUCUCCAUCGCCCGUGUGUGCUUCAUCCCAUUGUAUCAUCUCUGCAAUAUUCGUGGACAAGGCGCUGUCGUUGACAGCGACGUUUUCUACUUGAUUGUCGUUCAACUGCUGUUUGGCAUAUCAAAUGGCUAUCUUGGCAGUAUGUGUAUGAUGGGUGCUGCCGAGUGGGUUGAACCAGAAGAACGAGAGGCUUCGGGUGGAUUCAUGGGCUUGUGUCUGGUGGCUGGUCUGGCAUUUGGCAGUUUGAUCAGUUUCUUCGCUGCAAGGGCGUAG